CCAAAGCGUAACCACGUCCACCAAGCCCAUUUUCCAAGAACACGAGAAGUUACUGGAUUAUUUGGAGAAGAGUAAACCGACCCGGUAGUUUGAUAUCAAAAUCGAAGUCGGUCGACUGAAUAGGAUUACCAAAUUGAAGAACGUGAUGUUCUUGAAAGUACCCAAAUUCGAUAGUGAAUGUAUCAAGGAGAAUUUGGAUAAAUUCAAAAUGUUGGCUUGCUCUGGUCCUUUGGCGCCGGAUAUCAGCCGUCCAAUGCAAAGUGUCCCCGACCACAGACAGCUGGGGGAUCGAAAAACCCAAUUAUUGGAAGCUCUAGCGGUGCCGGUCGAAAGCGAUAAAGCUAAGAAAAUGAUGCAGUCCAUGGGCUGGAAUGGUGGCCCUUUAGGCAUUCGUGGAGAGGGCAUCACAGAGCCCAUCAUGCCUCAUCUUAAUCAUAAAUCCGGCGCCGGACUUGGCCAUGUGCCAGCCAAAAAGAACACUCCAACAACUAGGUCAACAGCCAAAACUCAGCUGAAAACACAAGAAACUCAGCCACCGGACGUAGCGUCGAAUGGUCACGAGCUUACGAACUUAAGUUAUACAAUGCAAAAUUCCAAUGUAGAAUUCCGCGCUAAAGUGUUGACCGCUCUACUGGAUUUAGUCGAGAAGAGAUCGGAAAUUUAUAUUAUGAGAUUCCAAGAGGUGCUGUCCAGUGAGGAGAUGUCGUUCAUAAUGAGUUUUGUUUGCGCACUCAACAAGCGGACGCGUGUAGCGUUCACUACGAGGGAGGAAGCGAUAUUGAAUCACCAGCUGCUGUCGUGCAUGAAGCAAAGCAAGGACUUGUCCAUCACAUGUUCGUUUGACAAUAAUAACAAACGGGUGACGUUUGUUAGAGUGAAGCCGAAAGCGAACAAGUGGACGAAGCCACCGCACACUAAAGCCAGCCGAUGCUUGUCGCCGUCAUGCGUCGUAAUACAAAGGGGGAAGGACGGCUCGUGGCCAGACACCAUGCCGUCAGCGGCCGGCCUGCCGCGGUCGCAGAAAAAAAUGAAUUUCCGCAUAUUCUUAUUGGUGAAUAUGCUGGAAUUGUUAAACGCUGCCAACAUAAGACAGAAGACCUUGUAUUUUAAUUGUAGCAGAAAAAAGAAGACAUUCGCAAGAGAAGCGGCCACCAUAUUGAACGAUGGUAACAAAUCGCUCCGCAGUAUAAUAACGGUUUACGAGAAUGACUUAGUAAUGGAUAUAAGUGAAUUCUAUGGUCAAGUUUCCAUCGAUUUCGAGUUCAUCCAGGCGCACAAAAAAUGUAUUAUGAAGAAAAUUUUCAAAAAAAAUGUAAACAAUAAUUCUGUUAAAAGUGACAAAGCGUGUCACAGUGAACGCAGACUCACAGACGAAACUGCCACAUCAAUGAACAGUUCCAAUUCAGAAAGUAAUCCAGAGACGAAUUGCUCGUCCGUUUGUAGUGAAACUCUAUCUCAAAACUCUUUACAAGAUAGCUAUCAUAGCCCUAAAGUUCUCUUCCGUAUAGGAGUGUUCAAGUCCUUUCUGGAAUUAAUGGAGAAUGACGCACAAGAGCUGGUUGUGAGUUACAAAAAGCGUCUCACCCAUAAAGAGAUAUCGUUCAUACAUCAUAUAAUAAACACGCUUAAUAAAAGAGUUAGAAUGGCACUGAAUAUUGCUGAGGAAAUACGUUUAGAGUCGAAACUCUCGGGUCUCAUGAGGAAUAACCGUGGUCUGAUGAUUCACGGCUCCGUUAACGGCGAUAAAAAGGAACUCGCAAUCAAAAAGUGGGCAAUAAUAAACCCAAGAGAAAAAGAGACCCCAGAGACUACCCUCAAUCCGAAACAGGUUUACAUCAGCAAGAACCCAGACGGCACGUGGCCUACCACUUUCCAACCGCCACACGAAGUGAACGAAAGCGUCAACAGCUUCAAUUACAGAGUUUUCAUGUUAGUAAACGUACUGGAAUUCCUCAAGAACAAACAAGAGGACACAAGAGAAUUGUCCUUUGUCGAGCAAGUAUGUGAGGAGUAUUAUGAGUACGCGAAGAGCCUGGUCGCCAUGGUGAACAAUAAGCAGAAUUGUCUGCACCACGGGACAGACUUUGAGAAGAGCAUAAUGUGUGAUAUUAGUGAGUUCUAUCAAGACAUCAACUUGAAUUUGGUGUUCCACGAGAGUAGUCGUAAAUUCAUCCUUAUGAAAGUCUGUUUGAAAAAAGACAACAUAAAAACUGAGAAUGUACCCAUAAAUAAUACUUCUGAAUGUAUAAAUAUAGAAGUAAUAGACAAUGAUGAUUUAAAAUCAAACACAGAUGAUUCUACAGACAAACAUUUGGUUUCCACCCUUGAAUAUGAUAAAAUGUUAAAAAGCGACGAUCAAACUUCACUUGAAAUUGUAAAAGAAAAAAUUGAUAAAAAGUACGUAAUUACGAAUAAAAUUAUUCAUGAUACAAAUAAAAAUUCGAUGGAAAGUGAAACAGCGUCGUUUACCAAAAAGAGUCAUAAAGAUUUAGAAAAUGUAUUUUAUGAUAACGAUGACGUUUUCACUGAUGAAUCGAAUUGUAAUACAGAAAUUAAGAAUGAAAAUGAUGCUAUAGUUAAUCAUCUAUCCUCCUCUAGCAAAAGAUCCAGAUCGGAUUCGGCAGAGUCUAUGCCUGAUAAUAGUAAAAAAACCAAAAUACUAUACUUUGAAAAUUCACAAAAAUUAUCAAUUGUACCCAAAGAUUAUCCUAGAAAAAUAAUGACAAAAGAAUAUUUAAUUGAAUUACAAAAUAUAAUAUCAGAAUCGAUUGACAAAGAAGACGAAUUACCGCUAUUACAAUGUCACGGCAUUCAAGAUGGCGUCCUAGUUUAUGCUUGCCAUAAUGAAAGAAGUUUGUUUUUCCUCGAGAACACUUUGAAUCUGGCCGGUGACUUUAAAAUCAUAGACAAUAAUACCGAAGAAGAUGAAUGCUACAAUAUGAAAAUAAAAAUUAAUACUCUAUGUCAGAAUUUGAGCAAAAUAUUCAACAGAUUAGAAUCGUACAAUGCAGGCUUGAAUACAGAUAAUUGGUGUGUUACAGAUAUUAAAACGAACAUAGAUAAUAUAAUUAUAUCUGUAGACAUAGAUAAAGAAUCUUACGAUUAUGUAUGUUUUAACAAUUUUUGUCUGUACGUUGGAAUCGAUAUAGCUCGUUUUAGUGUCGUGUGGGACUAAAAACUAAGUAUUUCUUGUUACAUUGUUGUAUUUUUGAUAUUUUAGUUUGCUUUAACGUUUCCAAUCAAGGUAAGUAGUAAGUGCCUUAUAUGCGAGUACACACUAGUUGUAAUUAAUCAUGUGAUUUUAAUAUAAUCUUACCACAAAUAAAAAACCCGACUUUUGCGGGUGAUUAUUUUUUUGGCAACCAGCUGUUUGUUUAACGAACUGAAAUGCCAUUAUUUUUUUAUUUAUCAUUAUCAAGGUUUAGAAGCGUUGUCAUUUGGUGCCAACUGUAAUUAUGGAAAAAAGAUCUUACUUAGUACGAUUAUCAAAUACGACCCCUGUGUAACUUCUGUCAACCCGUUGAAUUGUGCUUUAUAUAUUGUAUGUAUGUAUGUAAAAAAGCCGAUACCUCCAAAAUAUAAAAGAAAGCAUUUUUAUCAAACGCUGUCUAAGGACGUCAACGUAUCUGUACACUAAAAAAGAAGACACGGAAAUUAGAUAUGUCGUAUUGAAAAUCGUCCUAUAUAAUUUAAAAUUAAGAAAUAAAAUUUGUAGAUUAUGUCUUAGUAUUAUUAAUUUUAAGAAUUCAACGAUUUUUUUAUUAAAAUUUAAAAGGACAAAGACUCGAAAAGGAAAAAAAAAAACAGUAAAUAACAAUUUAUGAUUGCAUUUAAAUGUCGGUGUUGCCAGUGAAUAAAAUUAGCUCCAUUUCAUUUCCGCAGUAUGGCGAUCAGUUAUUAUAAUUACAACUCUCUUAUUUAUAAAAACUAUAUACCUAUUUAAAAAUUAUGUUACUAUGUUUUGAGUUGGGAAUAGUAUACAAAAUAAAAAGACAAAAUUCGAAAUCGGAAAUAUUUUUAUUUAAAUUUGAUAUUAUUAUAAGUAAGGGAAUUAUUUUGUAAUUAAAAAAAAUAUCGCAAUAAGCGUAAAAUCCUAAUGUAAUAAUGUUUUGAAUAAUAGAUAAGACUGAAUCAGCUUUUUUCUGAAUUUAAAUAUUAAGCAUUGCUAGGGGCCUUUGUUUAUUUAAAUUACGACAAACUGGCCAUAUAUCCCCCCCCCCCCCUCCCCAUCACCGCCCUUUCCACUCACAUACAAAGAUUUCUCGGGCUCUCUAUCCUAUGAUUUUAUCUAGUUUUACUAACUAGUCAUCUAAAUUUGUUAUAUGUACAACUUAAUAGUUUUUUUUUUUUUUUUUUUUUAAUAAGAAUAUGUAAAUUGUACAUUAGAAAUUAAAGCAUAGAUCUCAUAAUUGCUUACCGUAAGACUGGCCAUAAAAUGUCCGCCAUUCUAUAUUAGAAAAUGCACAUUCUUGUAAAAUAUAAGGUAAAAGUGAUUUUGAUAGUUCUCGUCCAUACAUAAUUAAUAAAUGGCCCUAUAGACGUUCCUAGCAUACAUUGGGGUCAAUUCUAAAGCGUUAUUUUUCUAUCUCCAAAAUUUUAAUUUGAUAUCACAAAAAAAUCUUAAUGCAGAACUAGGGACUGUUUGCGCCACUUCAGUGGUAUAAAAAAAAUUGUUUUUUUUUUAUUUCUAUAAGACAUGACGGAGUAAGCUACAGUUCAGUUAUGUAUUUGAAACUAAAAAUAUUUAUAAAAACGUCAAACGUUUCAAACCUAUUUUGGCUAUUGAACUGUUUUGUCUCUGUUUUUUUGUAUAAAUCAGAGAGAGACAAAACAAUCUAAUAGUUAACAUAGGUUUGUAACACUUUAUAAUUUUUAUUUGUUUGAAGGUCAAUGAAAAAAAUCCAAUGUCUUAUUUUUAUAGUCAAAUUUUAGAUUAUGUAGAUAAGAGUGUCUCAAUAGAAAUGCUUCGAGAAAACUGGGUCAACUUUUUCAUAUAUUAUAAUUUUACUCGAUAAAUAGUUAUAUU